ACAAAGCUCAUUUCUGAAACACAAGCAGAGAGUAUUACCAGUUCAACAAUGAAGAGCUUGGCUUUGGUGCUGCUGUUGCUGUGCUGUUAUUGGUCCAAUGGGCAAACUGCCACAAUCCUCACCCAACAAGACGACCAGCAAGACCUCCAGUCUGUUCUUAGUGCGCUGGCAGAGCUGAAAGAUGAGCUGAGAAACACAAAGACUGAAAUGAAAAGCAUGGAAACCAGACUGAGUGUUAGUGAGAGUCAAGUGGAGGAGCUGAGGAGAAAGCUUGAGGAGCAGAGCCGGCUCAGUAAAGGUCAAGCCAUGAACUGGAGCAGCACAGAGACCAGACUUCUGACCCAAGUGGAGCAACUGAUGACCACAAAUGAGAAUGAGAAAGUGGCAUUUUCAGCUUAUCUUCACAGACCUCUUGGUGCCAGUGUUGGGCCUUUUAACAGUAACACCAAGCUGGUGUUUGACAACAUCAUCACAAACAUCGGCAAUGCUUAUAACUCAAUAACAGGAGCUUUUACUGCACCUGUUAGAGGCGUCUACCAGUUCGAUCUUCACAUCCAAGGAAAAGGAAGUUCUUCAAUGUCAACAGCAGUGGAGAUGCUCAAGAACGGCAGGUUCAUUGUUCUUGCCUUUGGUCAUCAGCCUGAGUAUCGCGUUAGCACCUCGAAUGGAGUCUCACUGUUGUUGGAGGUGGGAGACAUAAUCACCCUGAGUCUUCCAGCUCAGAGAAAUAUAUACGGCGAUAGUUAUCGCCUCACCACCUUCAGCGGUCACCUGCUCUUCCCUAUGUAACGUCUGCACACCUGGUCUCAAAUAUCAAAUACAAAUGAGUGGUAAUGCUCUCAUAUAACACAACGUUGGAUUGUUUUUAAGUGAUCGUGCUAUAUAAUCAUCAGGUACUCUAUACAUAAAGUGUCACAAGUUAAUUGGUAAUUAUAUGUUAAUCAGCAAUAAAACACAUUCUUUACAUUAACUUCUCAUUAAGCAUUAAUUACUGAUUACACUGCAAAAAAUAGUGUCGAGUAAAAUUAUCUUAAAAAUAGUCAA